AUCGAACCUGGAGACUCUGGAAACGAACAUUGCACCUACUGUUAGGCCCUUCUCGGGUUUAUCAGAGGCUAGUUGAAAAAGCUAAUUCAACAUUUAUGAGAGUUAUCGAACCUGGAGGCUCUGGAAACGAAUAUUUCAUCUAUUGUUGUCCCUUCUCGGCUUCUAAACUCUGAGAUAAUGCCACCUAAGAAAAGAGCCCAUAUUGGUUGCAAAACUGCCGCAGUUGAGACAUCGAAGAGAAGGAGAGCAAAUGAAUCCUCACACUAGACUGCAUGAAGACAUUCACAAAAUGCUGGUUGCACAGUCACCGCAAGAGCCAUGGAAAGCAAGGAGCAGUAUAGCAGUCGCCAGAUCAGAAAUGCUUCAUUAAUAGCUACAGUAUACGCUAACCUGAUUCAGUCACAGCAUAUUAUUUGUCAUACAAGAUGCUAUAGCAACUGCUGCUGUGUGAGUUGCAGAGAACAAAAAACAGCAUGCCAUUCACCAUGCCAGGAAUGCUACAGUUAUAGCAACCCCUGCUGCAUGAACUGCAAAGAAUGAAGAACAGUGUGCCAUUUGCUGUGCCUGGAAUGCUGUAAGAAUUGCGGAGAAUGAAGAACAUCUUGCCAUUCGCCAUGCCUGGUAGCGAAAUAUCUAUCCCACGAAAAUUCCAGACCCUAGUUAUGAACUCAUUUGCAUACAGCCAAUCAGAGCUCAACUAUCAAAAUAAUUUAUGUGCGCAUAACAAGUGAUGGGCAAUAAGAUAAGGUCACUUGGAUUCAACUAUUCUUAAAAAUGGAAGAGAGAAUAAGUCAACAAAGAGCGGCAGCAAGAGAAAGACAGAGAAGACGACGGCAGCGGUUAUCAACAGAAGAGAGGCAAGCAGUCCGUGACCGUAUUCGAGAACGUAUGCAAAAAAUAAGGAGUAAUAUGAACCAAGAGGAGAGGGAACUUUAUCUUCAGAAUAGAAGAAACAGAGAUCGUGAAAGAAGAAAUAAUAUGGACCAACAUGAGAGAGAACUUUAUCUUCAGAAUAAAAGAGACAAAGAUCAGGAGAGAAGAAAUAACAUGAAUCCUGAGGAGAGGGAAACUUAUCUACAGAAUAUGAGAAAUAGAGUUCAAAAGCGAAGAAAUUCCAUGAAUGAAGAUCAACCAAAUGAAGUUAUGCAUCCCAAACUAACAUCACUGGGCCAUCUCACCAAACAUGCUAAGAAGGCAAGAGAAAAACAGAAAAGGGAAACCACAGAAGAAAAACAAUUAAGAUUACAAAACCAAAGGCAAAGACAAUUUGUUAGCCAGCAGGCUGAAACAGCAGGACAAAGACAGGUAAGAUUGGAAGCUCAGAAACAGAGGACAAAUACUUAUCGUACAAGUCUCAAGAUGAAAAUGAUACAAGAAAAAAAGAAUGAAACACAGCACCUUGGGGAGCAAUGCCUGCAGAAUCAAAAGUUAAAAAAUCAACAAUCACAUGACAGAUGGCAAAUGGACAGUGCUUUAUCAUCUCCAAAGACUUCAAAAUGUGUACAUCUAACUACUAAAAUGCCAGUCCAGCAAGAUUCAAGUUUAGCACAAGCAUCACAAAAUAUUACAAAACCAGCUCAAGUGUUGACUUCACCAUUUCAAAUAACUCCAUCCAAAUCAAAGCUGGUGAAAGAUCCAAAUCAAACAACUGUAUCUAAAUCAAUAAUUAGAAUAACAGAUUUACCGAAACAAAAAUUGCUAGUUACUAGUCAUCACCGUUAUGUGAUGUCUAACCUAGCAUCUAUGUGGAGAAGUAGGAAAUUAUGUGAUGCCAGUAUUAGCAAUGGCUCAUCUACUGUGAUGGUCCAUAAAAUUGUUUUGUCUGCUGUGUCUCCAAAACUGUUCUCAGUAUUUAGUACAUACAUCUCUUCCCAGGUUUUUGAAGUAAAAUUUCCUGAAGUAGUUAGUACAGAAGCUUUAAUGGCUUUUGCUGAAUACAUAUAUACUGGACUAUUAGAUCUUGAUCUUAAUAUUUUACAACAGCUAAAAGUCAUUGCAAAACAAUUAGACAUGAAAGAUUUACAAAAUCUGUGUGAUGCUCAUCUUCAAAGUGGAACACGUCAGCAACUUGCUUCGACAGUCACUGCAUUUGAUGAUUCCCGGCAGAUGCCAUCUAAUAUUUCAGCUGUUCCUACUGAGGAUAUUAAGCAGGAGAUUUCCCAAAAUGAAUUAGCACAGCUUAAAGAAGGUACAGUCAGAAUCUUUAAGCGAGAGUUUGAGGCUGCAUCUCUGGACACUAACGGUGGCAACUCUCCAUUUGGUUCUGAUAUUCUUCCCACUGUAAAAAUCGAGCCUGUAGGACCUGAUGAUGACAAAUAUGGUCAAAUGAAUAAAAGAGCUUCAACAUCUAGUUCAGUUUCUGAUAGUUCUCAGGCGCUAAACACUCCUUUGAAUUCCAUAGCUAUAUCCACUACAGAUUUUAGCUUACCAUUUUCAGAUACCACAAAUAGCAAAGCAACAACAAAUAAGAUAUAUGGAACAUCACCCAAAUUAAAAUCUAAUGUAUUUGAAAGUUCUCCAGUUUCUGACUUAUCUCCUGUGUCAUAUAGUGAAGAAAAACUGUGUUCUCAAUCUAGACUCAUAAGAGAAGACUCUUCUAAAUCACUAAAUCGGACAACAACAACUCAGUUAAUUGACAACAAUGUGAUUUGUGGUAGCAAUGAAGAUGUCUAUCCUGUAGGACUUUUUACAGCAGAAGGGGACAGAUUACCAUUAUCAUCAACACAAGUUACCAAUGUCAAAAAUACAGGUUUAUAUAAAACAGAUGGUUUUACUUGAUAUCAGAAAUAGUUUUCAGUUUACAGACACAUACACACUGAUAAAUUGAGCUUUAGUUUUGUAAUAAAUAAUUUUUGAAAUA